UGUUUGGUGUACAUUUAUAGCUUUCACAUAUAUAACUUUCCUGAUUGGAAUCAAAAUGUGAAUGCUAUAUAUUUUCUUUAAAAAUAGCUACCACCUCAUUCCAUGUGUAUCAAGAGUUGCGAGCGUGGAUACAGCAAGGCAGUUCAGGAGGGGAAACCAUUCUGUUGCUAUGAUUGCAUCCAAUGCCCAAAAGACAUGAUUUCUAACCAGACAGAUGCAAAUGAAUGUGUCAAAUGCCCUGAAGAUCAAUAUUCAAACAAAAAUAGACAUCAAUGUAUCCCAAAGGUUAUAGUUUUCCUAUCUUUUCAAGAGCCCUUAGGAAUUAUCUUGGUCUUCCUGAGUAUUUUCCUUAGUGUGAUUACAUGCUUAGUGGUACAAACCUUUCUGAAGAGUUGGAAUACUCCCAUAGUCAAAGCCAACAACAGGAGCCUCACCUGCGUUCUGCUCAUCUCCAUCCUCCUCUGCUACCUUUCCGCCAUCCUCUUCAUAGGCAAGCCAGGCAAGGUCACUUGCCUUCUUCAGCAAAUGACAUUUGGCAUCAUUUUCACAGUUGCGGUUUCUUGUGUGUUGGCAAAAACCAUCAUUGUGGUCCUGGCUUUCCUAGCCACACAACCAGGCAAUAGGGUGAGGAAAUGGCUAGGGCAAAAAGUGGCCACUACUAUUGUGAUUUCCUGCUCCCUCAUUCAAGUGUGUAUCUGUGCAGCAUGGCUCUCAACCUCUCCUCCGUUCCCAAAUGCAGACAUGCACUCAGAAUCGGGGAAAAUUGUCAUUCAUUGCAAUGAAGGGUCUCUCAUCAUGUUUUAUUGCUUUCUAGGCUACAUGGGGCUCCUAGCCAUCAUUAGCUUCACUGUGGCUUUUUUAGCCAGAAAAUUGCCUGACACUUUCAAUGAAUCCAAGCUGAUCACCUUCAGCAUGCUGGUUUUUUGCAGUGUUUGGAUCCUUUUUAUUCCAAGUUACAUGAGCACCAUGGGGAAAUACAUAGUUGCUGUGGAGGUUUUUGCCAUCUUGGCCUCCAAUACUGGUCUCUUGGCUCUCAUCUUUUUCCCCAAAUGUUAUAUUAUUAUUAUAAGAGCUGACAUGAAUUCAAAGAAAUUGCUGACCGAGAAGAGACAUUAAUUUUAAAGAUAAGAUGUGAAGGUGAUCACUUUUUCCUGCCCUGAACUUUUCCUUUAUUUUGAAAGAUCAGCAAAAGAAAUUACAGCCAGUGGUUUGAACUUUAUACCUAAAUGUUUGGACUUUUACUCUCUAUUGCCUAAAAGCCUACUUCUAAUCCUGCCAGUUGUAGACCAUUAAGUUAAUGGGAACGACCUGCCAAUAGAACUCCAACAGUUAGGUCAGCUGUCAGAAUUUAAGAUACAAAUGAAGACCUAUCUCUUCUGACAGGCCUUCUGAGAUAGUUUUAAUGAGGACUUUUAGACUUCCAUUCUAUGUCUAACUUUAGUUUUGUGAAUUUUAAUAUGUAUUUUUUGAAAAUGUGUUUUUAAUAUGUUAUUCUGCAGAGUGUUUUUAAACGAUUGUGCUUUGAUUAUGUGUUUUAGCAAUAUUAUAACCCGCCUCGG